AGAGACUUUUGCACAGCUUGUCCAUCUUGUUAUUCCUGUGCCAGCUACAGCAUGCAUGUCUGCCUAUCUGUUGUUUUGUGGCUUCGUGUCUGAAUGCACAUCUCACUUUGAUCUCCAGCAUCUGCUUCUCAUCUUCAGCGCCGCGCCAAGUGGACGCAGCAGCCAGCCUUCAUUCUGGAGGGAAAGGCCCCAGUCGAGUCCAGCAGGGGGGAUGGAGGAGGCGGGGAGGCUGGUUCCCUCAGCCCUGUUGCUCUGCCUCUGACCCAGACAGAGAGCCUCGGACCCUGGCAGAGCGAGAGCCUGCUGGCAGAGUCCUGGUCCACGAUGGGCGAUAUGGACCCUGAGGACACUAAGAGCCUGGACAGCAGUGACGGGGCGGCUCUGGCCGGAGAGGAGAACCACUCCUCCAACUCUGACAUGGUCCACCUGGAGCGAGAGGAGGCCGAGAUGCUCGAAGAGGCCGAGAAGGAGGCCGCAGAGGAGGAGAGGGCGAGGAGAACAGAGGAAGAGGAGGAAGAAGAUGAGGAGCUGCAGACGAGUGUGUUGAGCGUUUUAGGAGGGGAGAGGGAGUUGAUUGAGCUAAGGGAGGAGGAGCAAGACCUCCAAGCCCCAGAAACUGAGGAGCUCCUGGUGACAGCAGAGGAGCCCCAUGUGGAGAAGGAGCCUGCAGAGUUCAUGCAGGUGGUUCCCCCGAUGGCCCUGCCUCCUCUGCCUAUCGUCAGGCUCGAUCCCCCCUCCACGACGUCCACCCCGGUCCCUUCAACCACAGCCUCUGAAGUUGAGGAGCUUUUUUCUACUCAGGGGCUCCAUCCUCCUUCUAUCCUUGCACCGAUGGCAGCAGAGCCUCCGACAGAGAGUCUCGAGCAACUAAAAUUCUCACAGAUUCCCCUCUCGGACGUGGAGGAACAUUCAGUUGAAGCCUCUCAAGAAAAGCCGGAGCCCUCCGCUCUACCAAAGACUACCAAACCUCUGAGCUCCACUGAGCUGCUGUGUGGAGGUGCUGCUUUAGUAGCUAUUGUGGGAGUAGUAGCAUAUGGUGCUGUGGCCUACUGCAGAAAGUAGAAAUCCUCUCCUUUAUCCACAAAUCACCCUUUCAACACAGGUCUUUUGUUUUUAAAUCUAUUCCACGUGAAAUAUUCCACUUCACUCUCUGAAUUCUGGAUUUUACUCUCCAACACUCUUUGUAUUGUAGUCAUUAUUAGACUCAUUAAUAAUAUUUUUUUCGGAUUCAUUUUGUGCUACCUCAGCUCACAGCAGAGCUCAUGGCCUUUGAUUUUCUGUAUACAAUAGAUCUCUGUGGAAACGUAGCCAGUAAAAUGUAAACCUGGAAUGUAAAAACAUGUAUGGUACAAUUUUAAAGAAUCCUGAAACUUGAAA